AUGGUUGUUGUGGGGAACAUCUACGCCAUCACGGCUGUGUCCGUCGUUGGCGGCGCGCUGUUUGGAUUCGAUAUCUCGUCCAUGUCGGCCAUUAUUACCACGCCGGCGUAUAAGUGUUACUUUAAUCAUGGCCCCAAAGGCCCUCCCUUUAACGAUGACGACCAAUGUAGUGGUCUCAGCUCCCUGGCUCAGGGUGGUGUCACUGCUGCGAUGCCCGGUGGUUCAUGGCUAGGUGCCCUGAUCUCUGGUUUCAUCUCUGAUCGUCUUGGUCGCAAGUAUGCUAUCAUGGUUGGUUGUAUUAUUUGGAUCAUCGGUUCCAUCAUUAUCUGUGCUUCUCAAAAUAUGGGCAUGCUCAUUGCCGGACGUAUCAUCAACGGUCUCAGUGUCGGUAUCGAGUCUGCUCAGGUCCCUGUCUAUAUUUCGGAAAUUGCGCCGCCCUCUAAGCGUGGUCGUCUCGUUGGCUCCCAGCAGUGGGCUAUCACUUGGGGUAUUCUUAUCAUGUACUACAUCUCCUUCGGCUGCUCCUACAUUGGUCAUGGCAACUCUUCUACCUCCCACAACUACAGCGAGUCUGUCUUCCGCAUUCCCUGGGGUGUGCAGAUGGUCCCCGCCGUUCUUCUGUUCUUUGGAAUGAUGAUCCUGCCCGAGUCUCCUCGUUGGUUGGCCCGCCAUGACCGUUGGGAAGAGGCCCAGUCAGUUCUGGCCCUCGUUCACGGCAAGGGUGACGCCAACAGCCCCUUCGUCAUCGCCGAGAUGCAAGAAAUUCGCGACAUGUGCGAAUUCGAACGUGCCAACAAGGAUGUCUCAUACAUGGAGUUGUUCCACCCCAAAAUGAUUCACCGUACCAUGACCGGUAUCUGGACUCAGAUCUGGUCUCAGCUGACCGGUAUGAACGUCAUGAUGUACUACAUCACCUACGUUUUCAACAUGGCUGGCUACGAGGGUGACGCCACCCUCAUCGCCUCAUCCAUCCAGUACAUCAUCAACGUUAUCAUGACUGUCCCCGCUCUGAUCUGGGUUGAUCGCUGGGGUCGUCGCCCGACCCUGUUGAUCGGUGCUACCCUGAUGAUGAUCUGGAUGUUCGCCAACGCCGGUAUCAUGGCCAACUACGGAGAGGUUGUCCCCGGCGGUAUUGGGGGCGUAGCCGAACAGUCUAUGCGCCUGAGCGGUGCACCUGCCAAGGGUCUCAUUGCCUGCACCUACCUGUUCGUUGCCUCAUACGCCCCUACCUGGGGACCCGUUUCAUGGGUCUACCCUCCUGAGCUGUACCCCCUCCGCGUGCGUGGUAAGGCGGUUGCCCUGGCUACCUCUUCUAACUGGGCUUUCAACACUGCUCUCGGUCUGUUCGUCCCUACUGCCUUUGCUACCAUCCGCUGGCAGACCUAUAUUAUCUUUGGUGUUUUCUUGGCUACCAUGCUCGUCCACGUCUUCUUCCUCUUCCCUGAGACUGCGGGCAAGACCCUUGAGGAGACCGAGCAGAUCUUUGAAGAUCCCAACGGUAUCCCUUACAUCGGUACCCCUGCGUGGAAGACUUCCCACGAUACCAAGCGCACCGUGGCUGCUGAGUCUGGCGAUGUCGAGGUGCUUGGUGAGAAGUUGGCUGUUGCUGAGAAGCGCACUGCUGCUCACGCUGAGGAGGUUUAA